UGAGAAGGGAAUCUGAGAAGAGAAGGGCAGACAUUUAAAAAGUGAGAAGAGUUUCCCACAGAGCAUGGCCUCUGCCAAUGAAGAUGGGGUGGAUGAAAGAACGGUGGACGUUAAAGAAGAGGACUGUGAGCAUCUCACACCAGAGGAUGUGUGUGUGAAGCUGGAGGAUCACGAAGAAAGAAUUUCAGUUUUUAAAGUGGAGGAAGAGUGCAAGGGGGUCACUGCUGCCAUUAAAGCUGAGGAUUUCAAUUAUAUCUCUGGUGGUUUGGAACUUCAAAAGCAUGAAACUGAGGAUAUUUUCAAGCAAGAUGCCUGUGAAGAAUCUCCAUCCAGUUUACAGCCCUGGUCCACUAAUAUUGGACAACUAACUUCGCAGGAGAAUUCUGUAGAGCUGAAAUCAGAGAUAUCAGAGUCUGAAGAGAAAAUCAUUGAGGGAAAUGGGAGAGAAGGAGAAGAGUCACCUGGGAGUGUUGGAAUAAAUUUACAGAAGAAUGGCAGCUUCUCUCCACCUUCAUUUGGUCCUCCCUCUCUUCAAUAUAAUGAGAAAGGUAUGAAGAAAUCAGCAAGAGGAUCAGAGACCCUGACAGCAGCCUUUUUGCAGUGCAGUUCUCUCCCUGCUCCUGGAGCAACACAGACAGAAGCCAUCAAAACUGAUCGACAGCAAGUGGAGAAAGAAAUCCAAAUUCAUACUGGAAAAAAAUGUUUGGAAUGUGGCAAACAAUUCACACACACAAGUGAUCUUAAUGAGCAUAUGAAGAUUCACAAUGUAGAAAAAACAUAUUGUUGUCAUGAAUGUGGUAAGUCGUUCUCACGUAGAAGCCAUCUUCAGAGGCACAUAAGAAUCCACAUAGAAAAAAAACCUCAUUGUUGUCCAGAAUGUGGUAAGUCGUUCUUAAGGAAAUGCAGUCUUCAGACCCACAGAAGAAUCCACACAGGAAAAAAAACUAAUUGCUGUCCAGAAUGUGGUAAGUUGUUCUCAAGGAAAAGCAGUCUUCAGAACCACAGAAGAAGCCACACAGGAGAAAAGCCUCAUUAUGAAGUAGCGGCCCUGAAGCACCACAAGCUGGUUGAUCCUGAUAGAAAUCUGAAGGAGAAACUCUGUGAGAAACAUCAGAAAAGUCUGGAGAUGUUUUGUAAAACUGAUGAGACGUGUAUCUGCAUGAUGUGUGGAAUGACUGAACAUGAUGGUCAUGAAAAGGUCGAGUUGAAGACGGAAAGAGAAGGAAAACAGAAACAGCUGGGGGCGACACAGAGUGAAAUUAGGAGGAGACUUGAAGAGAGAGAGAAGAAACUGAAGGAGACGAUGAGGACAGUAGAGGAGAUGAAGCUUUCUGUGGAAAGAGUGAUCAGGGAACAUGAUAAGAGCUUCACUGCUCUAAUACGGUGCAUUGAGGAAGCCCACAAGAAAUUGACUGAGAGGAUCAGAGAAGAAGAAAAGAGAGAAAUGGAGAAGGCUGAAGGAGUCAUGGAGCAACUGGAGAAGGAGAUUGAGGAGCUGAAGAGGAGAGAAGCUGAGCUGAAGGAGCUUUCAGAAACCAAGGACCAUCUCCAUUUCCUACAGACUUUUUCAUCUUGCCGUGUCCUUCCUGCUGAUGGAGACUCUCUGAGCUUCACUGUCACUGCUGACUUUUCUUCUGAGGACCUGAGAAAGGAGCUGUCAUGUCUGAAAAAGACUCUGGUGAAGAUCAGUCAGUGGGACAUCCUGACAUGGACUCCACCAGGUUGUGAAGCUCCAAUCUUCACCCUACAGCCUCCUCAACCUCAGAGCAGAGAGGAGUUUUUACAAUACUUCUGUCCCCUCACACUGGAUAUCAACACGGCACACAGACAACUCCAUCUGCCUAAAGGGAACAAGAAGAAUGAUAACAAACCCGCUGUGACCAAUCAGGCUGAAUUCACUCUGCUGGACCCAAAAUUCAAACUUGUCAGUUCGGAGAACAUCAGAGAGACGAGGCGCAGAUACGGCCACCAGCACAGUGUGACACGCGUUGGACACUCCAAGAUGAAACACAGAAAGCAAGCUGAUGAAAUGUCGGCUAACAGGAGCGCCAAAGAACAAUCCCACCACUCAGGUACUGAAGACCAGGACUUUCUGGCAGAUGUUAUCUUUAUGCAGAGCUGUAACUUCUCCACCAUUUCACAGGCAGCAGCACUUCAGUUCCUUCACAACCACCAGCUGAAUCUUCCUGACAUUUGA